AUGAGUUACGCAAAUAACCCGAGGUUAAAUAACGGUCAUCGCGAGACAGCGAGACGUCUCCUACGAUAUUGGGAGACAUAUCCCGAUGAUCCCAAAACAACAAGAAUUUCAGACUCCUUCCGAGCAUAUACGAGUGUUAUAGCGUUCAUCGCGUGGAAUACGAAUAUCGGCCGAAUCGACGUCAGAUACGACGAUAGAACCUGGACUCAGGCAACGCAACUCGAAGACAGCUGGAGGAUAGAGAAUUACGACUAUAACGAGGCGGUAAAUAGCAUCGCCAGGGCGAUUAUCUACGCCCGAGAACUCCAGGACCUCCAAGGACAAUUCGGAGAACCAAGCUCGGAAGAGUUAGACAUCACGAAAGGCAAGCAACCCGUGAGAAACAACGAAACCACCGAACCAGGGCCAAUUACGCCGCCAACACAGCUUCAACAGCAAGAGCAACAACCUCCUGGGGCACCACUCAAGCACGGCCAAUACGAGGGGAAUCACGAAGACCCCCAAAAGCCACAGUCAGCGGUAUCGGAUACAACUGCAAGCCAACCUCAACAAACUUUUCAGCAAGUAGGACCGUCAAAUCAACAACAAUAUACGAAACCGCCGCAAGCCGAGGUUAUUCCUCCAAAAACGGAGGCACGAGUCAUGGGGACCCCAUCGGAGGGAACGCAAUUUAUACCGAGCCAGGGAUGGAAUCCUCAACAGCAAUAUAUGCCCCCCGGCACAGGAGGAUACCUUCCCCCUCAGGGGCAGAUGCCAUACCCAAUGGCAACGGGAUUUCCAUCCUUCCAGACUCCACCGCCCCCUCAAAUGCAGCAGCAGUUCGAGGCAAUGCUAAUAAACGCGUUCGGAAGGCUGUUGGGCACGGCAACGCCGGGAUCGGAACUACCGAACCCAGGGAGGAGAUUCGCGGCCAUAACGAACAUUCAGCAACGAUACGGAGUAUUCUGGCCCGACGCCGACAGCAAGUACGGCAGGGAGCCCAUAUUCCACGACCGAGAGACACCAUGCUACCGAGACGUAGACCUAUGGCUCUCGGCGAUCGAAGCCAAGAUCGUUGAUCCUCACGCCCGAGACGAGGUCUUCAGAGAAUGGCAGAGCCUACUUAGAGGCAAAGCACUCAGCUGGUGGGAAUAUCACCUCGGGCCCGUGGAAAGGAACCAGUACAAGGCCCAGGGAUGGUUCGGCCUGCAGAAGGGACUGAGAGCCCGCUUCGGGCCAACCCAGAUAGAAGCAAUCCAAUGGGUAGUAUCCAACAAGUUCACCGUAGAAAAGAUCGGUAGCAACAAGGACAUCCGAUUAUUCGCCCAAGACUGCUUCAAAUAUGGCAGAGCAUGGUUGGGAUCGUCAACGCCCCAGCAGCAACUACUCACGAUAUUCUACAACGCUCUGGACCCAUCUCUGCAACGAUUUCUCCACGAACCAACGCUUAAUGAUACGGUUGAGAGCUAUCUCAGACUCGCCGAGGAAAAACGCGGAGUUAUUCGAAGAUACCUGCAGACCCCAAUCGAGGUUCUUCAUACAACCGCCCCAGACAGUGAGGAUAACGCUCUAUGGGGAGGACCACGCCUAGCCUGGAACAACAGGAACCAAGAGAAACGCGAUUUUCCCCAGCCACAACGUGACCAGCCCCAAUGGCAACAAAAGAAAACGCAACUCAACUGGAAACAACAAAACUGGAAAGAUCGCAAACCCUGGAACGCACAGCAGAAUUUCCCGAACUCAAGGCGAUUCGCCCGGUAUAACCGUCCAGGUCAACCGCCUAACGACGCUAAGUUCGUGUGGGAAGACGAAUCGGACGAGGACAUGAUCAAUCACCUCGUCGAUCACGGGUAUAUCCUCGAAGACGUCGUAGAAGUCCCAGCGGCACAACCACAAGAGGAAGAGGUAGCCCAUACAGGAUGGACUAAUGACGUUGCCUUCCGCGCCCACGAGGCGACCACUCCCAAGGCAGAGAUCCCUCCCCCAUCUCCUCAAAUACAAGAGGAAGUAACGGUAGUCACGACGGCGUAUCAAACAGAGCCCCAGACCGAGCUGCCUAGCGACUUCGCUGGAGUAGCCGUGAAAAACCACGAAAUCAGAGAGUUGCCGAAGUUAGCACCAGGCCAAAUCAUCGACGCUCAGACGAAACCGAAUAAGCGUGGCAUGCCCUCGAAAAGAACACACCUUCGACUCCACGUCAAAGCCGACGACAAUAGCGAACCAGACGAGGUGUGUAUCGACACAGGAGCCUCAACUAUACUAGUUGAAAAGUCCUGGGUCACACGAUUCGCCCGCAAAUCGUCUUUUCGAGCGAUCGAACCAAGGAAAAUGAACGCCGUAGAUUCCACCUUCCAGGUCACAGAAGAAGUGACAUUUGACUUCUACGUCCCUGGUAAAAUAGGCGAGACAGACGUGAACGCACACGUUAUUGUCACAGCAGGGGUUGUCAACAUGCUCGGAGCAAACCUAUUGCUCGGCACCCCCUUCUGUGAGGAACACGGUCUCGUCGUAGACUUCAACAAGUCUGUUGUUAAGUUUCGAUCCGUAUUUAAUAUGGAGGCGCCCGUUGAGUAUCGACGGCAGACGCCACCCGCCAGGCGCGUGGACAACGCCUACGCAGUAACAAUUCCACGGAAGAGUCAAGUCUUCGUCCCGGGACGAUACAGCCCUCUGCCAAGGGAUAGUAACGACGGGAGCGAGACCUGGCACUUCCACCCAACACAUGAGGCAGCGAUCUACAGUACGGUAGACCUCGCGACCCCAGCGCUAUUUCUCAUCCAUAACAAAGGAAAUUCAGAAAUGCGAAUCCCCAAAGGCCGCCGUAUCGGUCACCUCACGAAACAACCACCAGGGGACACGAGUAUCCUGCUCAGCGACCUCGAAGCUGAAAAUGAGCAGGACAACGCAAUAUUCAACAUAACUAACGAGGAAAGCACCCCAGAAGGAAGUACCAAACCAUGGAUAGACGAGAUACCAGACUACGGAAUCUCUAAACCAGACGACGUGCCAAUGAUUCUCAGCAAGCACGGCGUCGAGAUAUGUGACUUCGACAAGGAAUUCGCGCAACAACUGCGGAAAAUCCUCGACAGGUACGAUAUUUAUCACAACAAGGGUAUCAUACCACUCCCCGACGAGGAACGUAUGCGAAUCGACCUCGUCGACGGAUGGCAGAACCAAAAAACCAACAUAAAGGUAUAUCCACUCGGUCUCGAAGACCUCGCAGUUUUAGACGAAACCUACGGGCAACUUCACGCCGAGGGAAAGAUGGAUUGGGCUGACGGCAAGCCAAUUCCGAUUGCCUGUCCUCUUUUCAUCGUAUGGCGACAAACGGAGACCGCGAGAAAACCCAGAGUGGUCGCGGACUUACGCCCACUCAACCGUCUAGCGGUCCCAGACGUUUACCCCUUGCCAGACCAAGAUGACAUAAUGAACGCGAUUCGUGGCAAGAAAAGAAUAACCCUCUUCGACGCCACCUAA